GGGGCCGCCGGAAACACGGGCUUGUCGAGUGCUUGGUCAUUGAAUCUCCUUGUUGAUGCAUUGCUUGCCUGGCAGCUUUUCAGUACAAAAUGAGCUUACCACCCUAUAAUCCAAACUCCCAAAGCUCUGCAUACCCGAACAUUCUUCCACCGGAUAGAAAUCACCCUCAAUUUCAAGAACAACCUCAACCACAUUCCUACCAAUUUCCUUCUAAUCAGAAUCAACCCUACCCUCCAGCUCAGUAUGGUGUGCCAAUGACGAGACCGGCUGCUGUUGACGAUAAAUCCAACAAAAGAGUUAGAGUCAGCAGAGCUUGUGACUUUUGUCGAAGGAAGAAAGUCAAGUGCGAUGCUCAAGGUCCUGGAAGCAUAUGUACGAACUGCAAAACCUACAAUAGCGAAUGCCACUUCAACGAUAGUGCCAAAAAACGUGGACCGCCAAAAGGUUAUAUCGAGACAUUAGAAAACCGUUUGAAACGUAUGGAACGAAUAUUAGGCAGUCUUGCAGAUACUUCUGAAGGAAGUAAAGAGCAUGCUGGUAGCGAUCCGAAUGACAGUGAACCCGAUAAAAGCAGCCGCGAGUCUUCUCAAGAUCGACAAGUAGAAGAACCUUCAGCGAAACCAGCGUCAAUACAGCCGUCUCCAGAAGUAGACGUCGCACCACAGCCAGUACAAAAAGCAGAAGAACGACGAGGCAGUAAAGAUUAUAUUCCUUAUGCCGAAUACGAGCGAGCAAAAUACAUUGGCGAUGUCUCUGCCAUCCAUAUGUUAACCAAGAAAUACAACAUGGAUGAUCGAUUAUUCGGUAACGAUAUAGGUGCCAAAUUUCAUCGGUUUGGAGAAGACAUUGUUCUCGUCAACGAUAAUAUUGGUGGCGAUAAAGGAUUUGAUCUAUCGACCUUGAUUAAGCAUGGAAAUGUCAAACCAGAAGAAAAGAUUCAUACUGUUGCAGACUGGAUAAGAAUUGUUGCUGGUCUAGACAUGGCUAUGAGCGAUAGAUUGAUGAAAGUGUAUUUCAUUUACAUCCACCCAAUCCUACCUGUCGUCAACAAGAUUAUGUUUUUGAAGCAGUACCGUGGGCAAAUUAAGCCAUUUCCAUCUGCACCACUUUUAUUAGCGAUGUAUGGUGCCGCUGCUCGGUAUUUAGAAGUAGCUAGGCGUCAGGAUAUCAACAAAUUGAUAGACAUUGAUGAAGAUUGGCAACCUCCUGAAAAUUGGUCCGAAAGCCUUUUCGACGAAUUGCGCAAAUUCUUGGUGGGCCAUUACACGCCAUCUAUGUCUACCGUUCAAGCAUUGCUCAUCGCUCAAAAUCAUCGUGCCAGCCUUGACUCAAGAUCUACCAUUGUUUGGCUGAUUUGUGGUCUUGAUAUCCGCAUGGCACAAGAUUUGGGUCUAAAUCGUUCGUCAGAUAAAUGGUUAUUGCCUCAAAACGAGAUUGAAACAAGAAAGCGAGUCUGGUGGUCUAUAUAUAUUGCCGACAAGUGGAAUUCUGCGGCGACAGGCAAGCCGGUUGCUAUCUUUGAUGAGGAUUGUGACGUUGGAUACCCCGAUGAAUAUGCGGAUUGGGAUGAGAUUAUGGAUACUUGGCAAGAAGGAGAUCCUGAUGGUCCUCGAUUUCCCUCCAUACCACCAACUUCGACAACUAGCAAGAACGUGAAGCAACCGUUGUAUCAGCCAUUUGUACAACUUGCCAAGCUGUCCGAAAUCCUUGGUCGUAUCCUUCGUGGACUUUACACGCCUAAAGCUAAGAAAGUCAGCAUGAAGUACGGAAGUGAUGCUAUUGUCACUCUGUUGGAUCACGCCUUGACAGAUUGGCGACAAAAUUUGCCUUCAUCACUGUCCCUCUUCAGACAUGAACGUAAAGCAGAUGUCAAUGCUCGUCAUUCAGUAAGCUUUAUGCCUGGCAUGAUUGCAUUAUGUUAUUAUACAGUUCUGCAGCUACUACACAGGCCUUUCAUUGAGCGCAAUGGUCAUGGUCAGAACAAUGCGAAAUCGUCACUUUCUUCUCUCAGUAUCUGUACGUCGGCAGCUAUACGAUGUAUCAGCAUUGCGGAAAAAAUGAAUUUCCGUGAAUCUAUGCUCUUUUCUUGGAAUUUUGUUGUCUAUCCUGUCUUCUCAUCUUCCAUUAUUCACGUCUACAAUGCCAACAGUGACGAUGAAAAAGUACGAGAAACAGCCAAGAUUAAUCUUAAAAAGUCCACUAACGUGUUUAAACGACUACAAACCAUUACCGCCAAUGCAGAAGUUAUCUAUAACAUUUUUGUGAAAGUUCUCAACAUUCAAGAGAUCGAUAUCAGCAACGUGCAAGAAGAUCAGCAGAAGAGUUCAUCCAAAAAACCAAUUGCAGCAGCUAACACGGAUGGCAACCGACAAAAUAGAAAAGAAUCUAUGGAGAACAUGAACUCUGGGCGAAUGGCAAAUCUUUCCGAUGUUGGUAGAGGGCAAACACCUCGAAGAGAUAAACGAUCUGGAAGUAUUGCUUCUGUUUCUUCGCCCGACCAUGACAGACUCUCACCUGUAGCAUCGGCCGAGAUAGCUGGCACCGGGCGACCCAAAGCAGUCAUGACCAUGCAGAGCAGCAAUGCUAGUAAUGGUGGCGAGAAUUCAGCUGCAUCCUCUCCUUCAUCCCCCUCUAGCAAUGAGGCGUAUUCGUUACGACAAUUUGGAUUGACCAUGGAUCAAUUAUUCGAUCACAUUCAACAAAACAAUAGUGGACAAGGGCCAUCCAUGUUUGUUCCUGAGUCAUCGUCGGGGCUUAUACCGAAUAAUAACGGAAACUCUUACGUUGCCCAAGCUAAUGAGCUUGUCAACCUCAUCAACACCCCGUUUUCUGAUUCGGAUCUCAUGUUCGGUCCAUCCGUCUCGUUUUUUCCUUCACUUAACCCUACUACUACGGCGCCAACGCCGGCUCCUCAACCACAACAGCCUGCACUAUCAAAUCAGCCUGACCAGCAGCAGAUGGCAGAUCAAAGCAUGUUUCGACAUCGACCAGAAAAUCCUUUCUGGUCUGUACCAACUAGUUUAGACUUUGAUGCCUGGAAUACAUACUAUCAGCAACGACAAAGCGAAUCAGGCUCUUUGCAGAUGAUGAAUUCAAACAAUAACGACUCUAAUAUGUGGCAAUAAGGCCAUUCUAAAAAUAUUUCUAUUGUGUAAAUACGACCAGUAUUGACUCCCGUCUCUAUUAAACCUUUAGUAAUUGGGUUCAUUUUUGCUAUUCUUCAAAUUCAAUUUUUAAUGUGAGUAUCCAAGUUAAAGAGCGAAAGCGAGAAGACAAAAAGUAUG